AUGGGAGGCAACCAAGCUCUCAGCGACAACAGCGGCGUCGGCCCGCAAGCCGACUUGGCCAUCUCCGUUCGCGCAUCUGACUGGUAUUACACAGUCUGCGCCAUCAUGGGAGCUUCGACAAUAGCAUUCCUGGCCAUUUCAAGUCGGAAGCGUCAAACCCAUCGUCUCUUUCACUACAUCACGGCCAGCAUCACCCUGGUCGCGUGCAUUGCCUAUUUCUCCAUGGGCUCCAAUCUCGGUCAGACGCCCAUCCAAGUUGAGUUUGAGCGCUCCGAUCAUUCAGUGAGCGCCGCGGGCACGCGUGAGAUUUUCUACGUUCGCUACAUCGACUGGUUCAUCACGACCCCGCUCCUGCUCCUCGAUCUCUGCCUCACCGCCGGCCUCCCCUGGCCAACGAUUCUUGUCGUCAUCCUAGCCGACUGGAUCAUGAUUGUAUGCGGUCUCGUCGGCUCCCUUGUCAGCUCCUCCUACAAAUGGGGCUACUGGGUCUUCGGCAUGUUUGCCUUCUUCUACGUCGUCUACGCCCUCGUCUUCGACGGCCGCCACCACGCCAACGCCCUCGGCGGCUCCAUCUCGACCACCUACACCCGCUGCGGUGUCCUCACCAUUUUCCUCUGGUUCCUCUACCCCAUUGCCUGGGGGCUGAGCGAGGGCGGCAACGUGAUCCAUCCUGACUCCGAGGCCAUCUUCUACGGCAUCCUCGACGUGAUCGCCAAGCCCGUCUUCGGCUUCCUGCUCCUCCUGGGCCACCGCAACAUCGACCCGGCGGCUUUAGGCCUGCACAUUCGCGAGCCCGGCAUGGCCAAGCGAAGCGACGACAGAGUGCACCAUGAAGGUCAUCACGGCAACCUGGCACCCACGAACGGUACCUCGGGUAAUGAACCCCAUGUUUGA